AUGUCGACCUCAACACAAGUCGGAGCGGACGAAGCAAAAUCGUCACGCGUAGUCUUUGCAUACGAUGACGACGGAGAAGAGGACAAUGCGCAUUCGGCGCUUCUGCCGACGGCUGCUUCCGCCUCAGCCCUGCCGCAGAGGUCAUGGCGGUCGUGCCUUUGCAAACGCUUCGUCCUCCUGGUGGCACUUCUCGCGAUGUGCGCCGGCAUCUUCGCCCUGACCAUCCACGGAAAGGAAGGUGAAUCUCUCCAGACCUUACAAGACCACAUCCAUCGACUCGAAGAUGCGCUCGCGCACACCUUCCAACGGAUCAGUACGCCUGUCUCGGCCAACGCGAUCAGCGCGAUAGACCCAAUCCACUGGGCGGCAAAGGAGCAUUCUGUCAGCUCCAACUCUGUUAUCCUACUCAAAACAGGUGCUUCGGUACUCUUCGACCGGCUACCGACUCAGCUGUUGCAGGCGCAAUUCUCGCUCCAUCUCUGGCAGUCGGGUGGGUGGAAGAAGCCCACCUUCCUCGUGUACUCCGAUGCCCCGGCGCAACUCGGUCCGUUCACCAUCCGCAACGCUCUUGCCAACGUCUCUUCCCACCUCCAGGCCAACGAAAAGUUUUCCUCGCUCUACACGGAACUUCACCGUCUGAUCGGAGAACAUAGAGCAGAGAGCUUCGAGCACGGUUGGCAGCUGGAUCGGUUCAAAUUCUCCCCAUGUGGGCGGAUGCUUUUGCGCGAUCCGACAAAGGAACAGAUCUUCGGUUGCGCAUCGAUCCUCGUCGCCAACCAGGAGGUGUUCGCUAACGGUGGCUGUCCCUAUGUCAUCUCUGGCGCGUUGAUGCGAGCGACCUACGGAAAGGAUCCACAUUUCGCACAGCGAUUCGAGGAUGACGUGGUGAACUCUUGCUGUGGGGACGCAGAGUUGAGUAUUGCGCUACGAAAAAGUGCCACAGUGCCAAUCAAGAGGCUCGGCGACGCAGGGGCGAGGUUCAACGGCGAGCGACCGAGGGAGGUGCUGUUCGAGGAGGGGAACUGGUGUACACCGGUGCUGAGCUUUCACCACGUCACUUCGGAGGAGGUGAAUUGGUUGUCAGGAGUCGAACGGGAGAUUCGGACCAGAUCGAAUGGGACAGUGCUGUACAGCAGUUUCUUCGACUACGUCACUCCUCCGGAGCUCAAACUGGCGCUGGACGUAAUAGAGAACGCCCGCAACGCAAGCGGUGUGGAUUUGAACCCGACACUGGACAAGUGGGAGGCGUUCAGCGGAUCCGAUCAUCACGUCAAGCAGGCGAGUCGAGCAAACGGGGCGGAGGGGUGCAAGAAGCAAUGUCUCGAGAGUGGAGAAUGCACGAGCUGGGUGUGGAGCAAGGCAGACCAGGAUGCCGAUGGAGAGUGUCACACGAUGCACGACGGUGUCAGAGUGGGCAAGGAGUAUAAAGGCACAGGAACUCGCACCAGCGGAUGGAUCGCGAAGGAAGUCGCCAGCUUCAAGUCUAGACACGCUUGCAAGGCUCCCCCGUCGGCCUGA